AAGCGAGAGCGCAGCACACAACUAGCGAGACAUUGUGAAAUGUGAACGGCCACCCACUGCUUGCAUAUCUGUCCGUAUCUAAUAAUUUACUUGAAAGUUGUGGCUAUGCAUAGUUAGUCAGUCUAUUGACUCCUGCUAUACAUGUCGAAUUCGAAACUGCGCAUUAUUCUUUAAUUUGUGAUAUCUACUGGAAGAAAUUAUUCCAAUGACAAUCGACUCUAUUGUUUCAACGAUUAUUAGUGAUAAUUUCAAAAUGGCAGAACCAACUACUAAUAUAGAAGACUUGGAAGACGGUGAAAUUGAAAGUGAUGGUGAGGAAUUCAAUGAAGUUCAAAAUGAAGAAAAAAGUGUAGAGGGAGCCCCUGUAGGAGACGAAGCGCUUGAUAAAGAAGAUACAGAGGUUGAAAAUGUUUACUUUUCAAAAUCAGGUAAGAAAAAGAAAUCUAAAUCACAUAAAAGCGAACAAAAGCUUAAAGACAAAAAUAAAAAAAGUCGUAAGUUCGUCAAUUCAACAGAUGAAGAUUUCGCUGGUAGUGUUGAAAAAGCUAUACGAAAAGCUUUAAACAAAACAGAUGUUAAUGAAGCGCAAAAUGAUGAAGAUUUCGAGGAGCGACGUAAACAUAAGAAAAGAAAGAAAUAUGAUGGAAAGGAAGGACAAAGUAAAAAACGCAAAAAGCAAGAUUAUUCGGAUGAAAUGGAUGAAAGUGAAAUGAUGUGCGUUAGGGGAGCAUCACCUGUACAGAGGCAAUCUCCACAAGAAAUGUAUCAGGAUGAAGAUAAGGAUUCUUACGAAUCUGACAGCAGUCAUGAUUCAAGAGGACAUUCGACGCAUCGACAACGACACAGACCUCAGCGUGAUAGAAAUAAAAAUAAAAACGAAAGAAGACGUGGUAAUCACCCAAUGCAAGAUCCUGACGGCGUUUGUUUAUAUUUUAUGCAAGGGAAAUGUCAUAAAGGUGAUGACUGUAUUUAUUCGCAUGAUGCCCAGCCUCCACGAAAAAUGGAAUUGUGUAAAUUCUAUCUUAUGGACUGCUGUGCGAAAAGAGAUAAAUGUUUAUAUAUGCACGCUGAUUUUCCGUGUAAAUACUACCAUACUGGGCUUCCUUGUAUUUAUAAAGAGGAAUGCAAAUUCGCACAUGGUAAACCUUUAAAUGAGGGCCUAAAAAAUAUUUUACUAAAGCAUAUAGAAUCUGCUCCUAAAGAGAUUUUAGGUGAUUUCCCUAGAUUAAAUAGAGAAGGAGCAAUGAAAAUGAUUCAAACCACACAAUCUAAACUAAUACAGCAAUUUUCUGAAAACACGGAUGGACAAACGAGGAAUAUACCUUCACUUUUCGAUUUUAACAUACCAAACCCAUCAAAUAAUUUUGAUUCAGUUCAAAGUAAUCAGUUUCAUAGCGACCGACAAAAUAAAGUUUCGCCGAAAGUGCGCCAAUCACGAUGGCAAAAUGAUGAUCAAAGUUCAAACUUAUCUCCUAAUAGUAACGUAGGCACCAGUAAUGUUUUAUGUAUCAAAAAUUUAAACGGUGUUUUAACUCCAAGACAAAUUUCGGAUCUUUCUAAAAUGGGUAUUGAAAAUCUUGAUCAAUUAGGUCAAUUGACAGUUUUACAGUUAAACAGUAUUGGGAUAUCAUUAAAACAAAUAACCGAAAUUCAAUUGAAUACAAUGAGCAUACAAAAAUUCGGUUUAAUUAAUAGUGUAGAUCAACAGGCUCAAUAUCUAGGAUCUAACACUGCGAAAGAUUUAGAUUUACGAGUUCCACCAGCAGCACCAAGUAAUAGUUUGGCAAUGUCAUCAGAACUACCUGAACAAGAUAUCGACAUGCGUUUUCUGCCAAAUAUAGCUGUUGGUAUAAAUGAUGAUUCUUCUACGAGUAAGCCCUUGAAAAGGGAUGCAAGUAGUAAGGAUAUGAUUGAUAUCGAUCAAUAUACAAAAGAUGCGCUCAAAUUUGCAUCAAAAGAUAAAGAAAAUAUUGAUAUUUCAAACGAAGGCUUAGACAAUGAAAAAGGGAAUAACCUAAAUGAAGUUAAAGAUGUUGAUCACCGAGUGCUCCCAUUCGCAGACUCAAAUUCUACUUGUCGUCAACCUGAUAUAGAAGAACAUUUACUACACAAUGAAGGCGAUACUGAUAUACGUUUCUUGCAGCCAGAACCAAUUUUCAAAAAUGCAGAAAAAAGACAUCGUCGCUCUACUACUGAUGAUGAUGAAGAUAAUAAUUUAUUAAUAGAUGAAAAAUGGUAUUCCAGCGAUGAAGAGAAGGGAAAUAAAAAGAAGAUCUCUAGUCCUUUGCCACAGAAAGCUUUAUUGAUGUCUCCACCUGCACCUCAUGCCAUAGAACCAUCAGCAGUUUUAAGUAAACUUGGUGAUCUUUCCAAAAUUGAUAUAAGUGAAGAAGUCACAAAAUUGUUGAAUACGAUGAAAAAUAAUUUACAAGAUAACAAAUCGAACACUGGAGAGCAAAUAGAGCAUAAUAUAUCGCGAGAUCCUCGAUCCAGAAGAUCUCCAGUUCGUACCAGUGAAAAGAUAAUGAAAUCGCCCCCUAACAAAAAACCACGUGUAUCAAUUUAUGAAUGUGUAGAUGGUGAACCAACUGACGGACGUAGAAGGACUGAUGUAGAUUUACGACUAACAGAUUAUACGCCAAGCUUUGGGGAUACGGAUUUGAGGCAAAACACAAGCGGUGAUAUCGAUUUGCGGUUAGCUUUACCUUUCAAAGCAAUGUCUAAUUACACACCAGCGUCUGAAAUUAAUGGUUCUAUUAAUAGUCACCCCCCAAUUCAAUACAAAUUAAGUUUAGUACAUAUUCCACGACCGGAUUACACUGAUAUCAGAAAUAGCACAGCGAAAUCACAAGCUUUGACAGAUCCUAGAUUAAGAAAGGUUUUUAGGCUUUCGGUUGAGGAAUCUAACAGUGAUAGUGAAAAGCCUACUAAACCAGUAAAUUCGGGUCCACGAAUUGACCCUCGUAGGAAACCAAAAGAUGUAGUAGGUCAAAUUGAUCCUCCCCAUCAAGAACAGAAAAGUAAUUCUUUAGAUAUACAAAUCAUUUUGCAAAAUUCUAGUUGGUACAAAGAUUUAAGCUCUACACACAAAAUUUUUGUUAAUCAAAACUUAGCACCCAUAACUCAAAUGAUAAAACAGUUUCAACAAGAUCAGACGCCUGGUAAAAAACUUGAUGUUACACCAAUUCAAAAUAAUAACAUAUUAUGUAGUAUUUUUAAUAAUUUAGGAAUUACGCUGGGAGAAAAUGGAGAGUUUUCGUAUUUACCAAAACCCAAAGAGGCUUUAUUAAAAACACCUCCUAAUUUCAAUCAGAAUGCAAAUCCGUUUGCUGUCAAUAACAAUAUGCAGGGAGGUCCGGGCUCAAUGGAUAAUAUGAAUAUGAUGAACAUGCAACCUAUGGGUCAUCAUGGGAAUCAAAUGAAUCAUUUACGUGGUUUUAAUCAGGGGAUACCCGAUCCAAGAGGUGGCCCUACUCCGGGUCUUUUAGGUAUUGCACCGAACAUGCCUCAUAAUUUUAAUAACAGUAACAAAUUUGGAGGUCCCACAAAUUUUGGGAAUAUGGGAUUUAACGGUCCUCAAGGUGAUUUUAAUUAUAAUAUGGAAGGUGAUCAAAACUUUCAGAGAUAUCCUAAUAGAGGUGGACACCGCGGUCGCGGGAAUGACCGGUGGAACCGCGGAGGCUCUGGGAGGGGUCACAGAGAUCGAAAAAAUUUCAAUGACCGUGGUAAUUGGAAAAAUGAUAGGAAUUAACUGUUGCAUAUAGGUAAAUUUUAAUUAUAGUUACAAAAAAACCCUUCCAAAUACCACAAGGAGUAAUUGAGGUGAUAAUUUUUAGUAUCAGGCUUAUGAAGAUAAUUUUUUUAUAAUUUAUUUUAACCCGAUAGAUUAAGACAUUAUUUACAAGGUCAUAAAUAUAGUGUAAAUAUCUGUGUAGUGUGGACGUAAAUCCUUUCGUUAUAUAAAAAAGCAACAAAUGGAUUGCUAUAAAGUUCAUUGUAUCAAGUACUCAUUAUACGAGCCAAAUGUUUUAAGACUGAGUGCAGGUUUAUAAUGGAGUUUUUGUGUUUAUAUGUAGGUAUUAUCGUGAUCAAAUUAUCAUGAAUUUUGUGAUUACUAAUCAAUAAUGUAAUUAAUGCAAUAUUUAGUUAUAAAUGCAGACACUAAUUGUUACUUAGUGAUUGCAUAUAACUCAUUAAAUAUUUUAAGAUAUUAUAAUUCAGUUUUAUAAAGCUAGAAGCAGUAAGUGUAGAUUUGUCGUUAUCUUUAGAGAAGUCAAGUAAAGUCGCAAGCAAUAAUACAAUUCGUAACAUUAAUAGAUAAUCUUUUGUUGUAUAGAAAAAAUAGACUUCCUUUUUUUAAUGUAAUUUAGGUGAAAGUUGUAUUCAUUCAAGCCUAUUCGAUUUAAAAAUAAAUAUAUCUUUAAUAAAUAAA